GCUGGGAUUACAGGCAUGAGCUACCAUACCCGGCCUAAGAUGCUUAUUUUUAAAACAUGUUGGCAGUUACUGAUGUCAUUCCCACCCCAACGUCCUCUUUUCCUUAUUCUUCCCCAUUUAUGCCAAGGAAAUGGCCCAAUGGCACUAAAAUCCUGCUGACAACCCUCAGCACAAAACUCUGCUUCAGCUUUUUGGUAAGUUUUAUUUUCUUCCCAAUUUAUAGGGCACCAGAAUGAGUACUAAAAGGUCUCCUGAGGAACUGAAGAGGAUUUUUGAAAAAUAUGCAGCCAAAGAAGGUGAUCCAGACCAGUUGUCAAAGGAUGAACUGAAGCUAUUAAUUCAGGCUGAAUUCCCCAGUUUACUCAAAGGUCCAAACACCCUAGAUGAUCUCUUUCAAGAACUGGACAAGAAUGGAGAUGGAGAAGUUAGUUUUGAAGAAUUCCAAGUAUUAGUAAAAAAGAUAUCCCAGUGAAGGAGAAAACAAAAUAGAGCCCUGAGCACUGAAGGAAGAGCGC